UUUAGGGUUAUCAAAACUCGAAGAAUGAUCUAUCGAUUGUGCUUAAGUUUAGUAGUAAAUAUUUAUUUCUGCCUAACUUUGGAAACAUACCGUGUUUUAUAAGGAUGUCAUGUCAUUGACAUGGGGACCGGAGUGGUAUAAGCUGGCAAAUCAUUAAACUUAAAACGUUGAAGUUUAACAAGCGAAUUUCCACGCGGGGCGCGCGCGUGGUCUCGCGGAGACGCCAUAGAUACCCGGCCGUUGCUCUUAAUGAUGACGAGUCCGUUCUCCCAAGUAACUAGCAAUACCAUAAUAAAACAAAAAUAAAGACCAAUUUAUUAAUAAAUACGAUCCUAAGGUUAUGGUAAGGACAUUUACAGUCAAGGACCAGCACCGCAGAUUCUGAUAAGUCAUGGAUCAGUUUUUCGUCGGGAAAAUGGCCUCCAACUCUCAGUCUACACCCAAGCCGACUGAUCACUCCGCAAUCCCGGAAUCUGAGGAACAACUAGAACCUGACCUUGGAAGAUCUUCAUUUUUAAGUCUGGAUGAAAGUCACGACCAGAAAACAAGUGACGAGUCAGGCAUCAGCAUCCCUGGCGGAGAUGCCGACUGUGAAUUCCAGAGUGAGGACUCCGUCUAUUUCUCUACUCUCAGUUCGAGGAUAGAUGAGAUGGGGAAAAAAACUCAGGACCUAAUAGAGAAGAUUAAUGAGAGCCGUGCAGUAGACCAAGAAAUUAUGAACAGCUUCCAGGAGAAGUUAAUGGAUAAGGUCAGUGAGGUGUGUCAGCAGGUGCAAGGGCAGAUGUUCAGCACCUAUGAGGAGAACAGCCGUUUGAUGGAGGACAGGCUGAGAGAGCUGUCAGAGGUACUGGACCAAAGCAGCCGGCUCAGUGCUGAACUGCAGAGUGCCAGUCUGACCCUGGUCGCCAUCAGCAAAGGCCUGCAGAGACCCCCUGAGCAGUAAACACUUUUCAACCCAGAAGUUACUGCAAAAUAUAGCCACUAUUAAUAUAGAGGGUAAUUCAACUGUACACUAGUACUAGAUGCUGUUCAUCUUAGUUUCUGUUUAGAACUGCCAGUCUGUGUUUAAUACAGUGCAAUUAAAAAUAAGAGCUUUGUUACA